ACUUUGAUCUUGCAUUUUCAGUGUUCUCAACUGUUAGAUGAGAAUCUAAAAGAUGAGUACUUUGAGGAGAUCCUGGAAGAAUAUGAAGAUAUUAGACAAGACCAUUAUGAGUCUCUCAAGGAAAGAAGAUACUUAACUUUAAGGCAAGCUAGAGAAAGCGGUUUCCAUAUUGACUGGCUGUCAGAGCCUCCCCCAGUGAAGCCCACAUUCCUUGGGACUCGGGUCUUUGAAGACUACGACCUGCAGAAGCUGGUGGACUACAUUGACUGGAAGCCUUUCUUCGAUGUCUGGCAGCUCCGGGGCAAAUACCCAAACCGAGGCUUUCCCAAGAUAUUUGACGACAAAGCUGUAGGUGAAGAAGCCAAAAAAGUCUAUGAUGAUGCCCAAAAUAUGCUGCAGGCACUGAUUAGUCAGAAGCAGCUCCACGCCAGGGGCGUGGUUGGGUUCUGGCCAGCGCAGAGCAGCCAGGACGACAUCCACCUGUAUGCGGAGGGCGCGGCACCCCAGGCCGUGGAGCCCAUCGCCACCUUCUACGGACUCAGGCAGCAGGCCGAGAAGGACUCUGCCAGCGCAGACCCCUACCUCUGCCUCUCGGACUUCAUCGCCCCUCUGCACUCGGGCGUCCCUGACUACCUGGGUCUGUUUGCCGUCGCCUGCUUCGGGGUGGAGGAGCUGAGCAAGGCCUACGAGGAAGAGUGUGACGACUACAGCAGCAUCAUGGUCAAGGCGCUGGGGGACCGGCUGGCCGAGGCCUUCGCCGAGGAGCUGCACGUGCGGGUCCGCAGGGAGCUGUGGGGCUACUGUGGCGGCGAGCAGCUGGCCGUGGCCGACCUGCGGAGGCUGCGCUACGAGGGCAUCCGGCCGGCGCCCGGCUACCCCAGCCAGCCCGACCACACCGAGAAGCUGACCAUGUGGAGGCUGGCGGACGUGGAGCGGCACACAGGCAUCAGGUUAACAGAAUCGCUGGCCAUGGCACCUGCUUCAGCGGUAUCCGGCCUUUACUUCUCCAAUUUGAGGUCCAGAUAUUUUGCCGUGGGGAAAAUUUCCAAGGACCAGAUUGAGGAUUAUGCUUUGAGGAAGAGCAUGUCUGUGGCCGAGGUUGAGAAAUGGCUGGGACCCAUUCUGGGAUAUGAUACAGAAUAACUUCUUUUUUUUUUUUUUAACCUUGUCUAUACUUGUUUCCACAAAGAAACACAGUCAAAAGUGCCUUAAUAAUAACAGCACAGCGGCCGCGAGCCUGUCUGCAUCUGGUUGACCUUUGUGCCGCUCCAGGUUGUGGACGUUUGGUGGGACCUUGUGGAAGAACAGAGUGUUCCUACAGUUCUUGGAAAACAAGCAGCUGUUUCCCAGGGGACUUUGAAUGAAGAGCAGUGAGCAAGAUCCGGGGGGGUCCCUGGUCCCUCGGGACUAGGACAAGCCAGAGAUGGAGGUCUUUUGCAUUUCAAAGCAAGUCAACUUGCUUUUUUCAUUUUUACCCCAGACCUAGGAGACCAUUUCUUCCUUUCUUUCUUUUUUCUUCUUUUCUUUCUUUCUUCUUUCUCAGAGAAAAGGCUGAAAGUCAGUUGAAUAGGGGUAUGUGACCCUGUGGCAGAGUGAUGCUGUGAGCAACGGGGCAUUUUGUCCUGAGUGGUUAGAGCGGUUACUCUGACAGGGGAGAAGCAUCACUCUGCUCUUUCUCCCGAGACCUCCUUUUCUGAAGCCUCGAUUAGACGCCUGCAGAAGUCCCUGUGGCCAGAGGCAUGCUCUCCCCGCCAGCUUAUCAGAGGUACUCAGGCUGCUGCUGGCCCUGGCAGGUCAGAUACAGUCACGUUCUCCAAGCAUUUUGUCCUCUCGUGAUCUCAUAUUCCCUCACCCUGAGGGGGGAAAAAGGAGGUGGGCGGAGAGAGUGGCCGCUAAGCGUAGUGAACAGCCUUGGGUUGUUUUCCGGAACUGAGUAGGCUCUCGGCUCAGCUGCGUGUCCAUGCAGCGUGGAUAGGUGAGCGGCAUCACUCCACUCAGUUCUUCCUUUUUGGCGCUGCCCCAGCUCCAGACUCGCACGAUAUGGGAACAGCAUGUGGACUUGUUUGUGGUCAUCGCAGGGAGAUGGUUAAGAACCAGGGCUUUGAAGUCAGACACACCCAGAUUCGCGUUUCAGGUUUGCCGCGUUCUUGCUGUGCGACUGAAGUAUCAGCACGAUUUUCUCAUCUGUGAAAUGGAGACAAGAGAGACUAGCUCCUCUCUCACAGGCAUGAGGUGUGGAUUAAAGGAGGUGAUGCACGUAGGCAGGUAACAUGGGCUGCGGCGCACAGUGAGAGCUUGAUAGACGGCAGCUUCUGUAGAGAUCUCUAGGGGGUCCCCGAGCUCAGCACAGGGUAGGUGCUCAUGGAAAGGGAAUAAGAGAUUAAUGGAGGUGAAAAGAUACUGGGGAAAUGCAUAUGGGAACGACCGUGUUGAAUAUACUAGGUACCCUUUCUGGGAUUAGAGCCCCAUUGAACACAGUGACUGGAGAGAGAAGCUACUGUCUAUGUCAUAGGCACCAUCAGCCUUCAUUGUCUGCGAGACAGUGCCCCCUCCCCUCAUGAUGUAAGCUGGCCUUGCCCCAAAGCAGUUAUAUCAAAUAUACACUCAGGUACAUUGGAGGUGAAAGGGGAAAAAAACCUUAGCAAACGAUAAUCCUGCAUAACUGUAGCAUAUACAUGUUUACCUGCAGAGUAACAUGCCUUCUUAGGCAUCGCUUGCCCUUAAAGUGAAGAGAAUUGUAUGCUUUCUUUAGGUCCAUUUAAUCUGUGCUAGAUUGAGACGGGGACUCAUUUUCCCCGAGACGCUCAGGUGGAGGACUUAUUUUCUCUUCCAUAGCAGGUAUGUUAUUCUGGGUGGUGGCACAUCCUUCUUUAAGAAAGAAUAACCCCCUCCAAAUAUUUUAAUGUAUUUUAUCCGAAUUACAGUUGCUAAGAGUCUCCCAGUUUCCUUAAGUAUGCACCAUAUCUUUUCUCAACUAGUUAUGUGUUGGAAUGGCUUCCUUAAAUGUAUUGUUGAUCUAAUCCCAUGAUGGAUGCCUUUUAUCUAAAGACAAAAACAGUUUGUGCAAGUUCAAGUGCCUAUAUGUUCAUUAAAGAAUAUAGAACAUAGCUUGAAAACCCCUUAGUUUAUGUCAGGUGACCUCAAAGGCAGGAAGGUGACCAUUCUGCAGCCGGGGUCUUUUCUGUGUCUCUGCAGGUACGUCCAGAACCUCUCCUUGUCAUCAACGUCCGUGGCUCUCACAUCCACUCACUCACUCUCAUCAUUUCCAUUAGGGAUCCCAUUUUCAUUUUUUCCCUCUAAAGAAGCACUUGUUCGGAACCUUCCUCACUCUGCUGCUCACCCUGCUGUCUGUAACGUGGAGGCUGGUGUGUGGGAUGGUGGUUGAGGUCAGGUCCUACAGCGCCCUGUUUCUCAUCUGAGAUAUUCUGCCGUCAGCCUCCCUCUAUUCACAGCUGAGCUCAUUUAGAGAAGAGUCUGCCCUCUUUCCAUUUCUCUCAGGCUUGUCCUCGACAAAUAUCCGAGUGUCUACUCUGCCGACCACCUUCUCCUCCCAUACUCUCUUUAACUCAGUGAAGUUAGGUUUUUGUUGUUGUUUGUUUUUUUUACCCAUCUCUUCUGUCAUUAGUGCCCUCUUAAUUGUUAGAUCCCAUGGCCUUUCCAGUGAUCUUUCUUCUCUGGGUUUGGGCAAUAUUAACCACUUCUUCAAAAAUCUCCUUUCCCUGGUUCCCCCUUGACUUCACUCUUCUGUUUUACCUUCCAUGUUUCUUGUAAUUUCUUAGCUACUUUCAUAGUUUUCUCUUCCUCUGCCCGUUUAAAGCCUGGUCCUCAUGAGCCUGUCACUAGUUAACUUCUUAGUCAUACAGUUUCAGUGGGCAAUCUAUCCAGACUCCUCUGUACUGAAUCACACCGAAGACUCGGUGUGUCUCAAACCAGUGUCAUCUUACUCUUCUCGAAUUCUCAGUGUACUCAGCAACAAACCUCAAACACACCCCAUCUUUUUCUUGGACUCUUGCAGCUAUCUAAAAAAUUUGCACAUGAAAGACACGCUUGUCCUCCUUUCAGCUGAGAAGGUAAAAUGCAUGUUUGAGGCAGGCAGUGUUUAGGUUAAGGCUUGACUGAGGAUUUGCAGGAUAAAGAUGAAGAAGCAAGUAGAAACAAAUGAAGAACCACAGUGUCUUUGUUCAUGAAGGUAGUAAGGGUAUCAAACCUCCCCAAAAUGAUCUACAGAUUCAAUGCCAUUUCCAGCAGAAAUUCCAACAGGUUUUGUUGGAUGUGACAGGCAGAUAUCUGAACAUCUGUGGAACAGCAAAGGACGAAGAUGGCGGGCUGCUUCUGACUAUAAUGAGGAGGUUGAGGGGACCUUUUACAAGACAGUAAGUUUUAUUACAGAGUUUGUGUUGUAUGUGGUGCAGAAGUAGGCGCUCUGAGCAGUGCAGCGAGCUAAGGAGCCUGAGAAAUAGCGCAGGUGUAUAUGCUGCCCUUUGAGAUGUGAUGAGGUGGCACGGCAGGUCAGUGGGGGCAGGAAGCGCGGCUCCAUAAGUAGUGCUAGAAUAAGGGUUAUCCUUAUGGAAAACAAUGGAAUGGAUUUCUGCCUCGCACCUCACCUAGCAGUCAAUUCCACAUACAUUAAGGUUUUGAUUACGAAAAGCAAAUACUUAAAUGUUUGCAUGGAAAAAAACCUUAGGGCCGGAAAGAAUCUGUUGAGACAUAUGCUAAUCAUAAAAGAAAAGAUGAUUAAAUCAAAUAUAUUAAAACUAGCACUUAAGCUAACAAUUUAGUGUAGUGGAAAGACAAACCAAGACUUGACAUUUACGAUACAGUUAACCGAGAAAGGAGUAGUAAGCAGAAUACAUAGAGAAUUCCUAUUUUU